AUGAGAAAACCUGCUGAAUAUUCACGACCAUUAACUAUGAAUGAUGUUCCUAAAAUCAGAUCAUUUAUACGAAGUCGUUAUACUACUGACGCUCAUAAUCAAAUGGAAAAAGAUUACAAACGCACUCAUGAAGAUCUCUAUCGAAUGCAAUUAGACGAUUUGGAUAGUUAUCAUGAAUCAAAUCGUCAAAAUAUGCUACGUGUUUAUCAUUCAUAUCUAGAAAAUACACCUGGUUCAAAGAAAGCUCUGCGCGAACUAUGUGAUCAAGUAGCUCCUCCUUAUACAAACUCAUCUAUCGACACAACAGUUUAG